CCAGAAUGGUUCGCACACACGGAUUACUUUCGAUCUUGUGCCUGUUUCUGGCCAUUUACGGAGUGAAGGCCAGGUUUUGCGGCCGAUCCAUGGAUAACAUAUGCGUGCCGCGACAAUUCUGCAAGAUCGGCUCCGAGAAUGGGAAGCAUAUCGUGGAGUUUCAAGAACUACUAAACGGAAACCGGGGAUGUCCCUCUACGGAUUUCUGCUGCCCCAAAUCUGAAAUAAGAGACAUAAGUUCUUUUAAUAACUUGAUCCCAUUCCAGUUGAAAAAUCAAGCCGAGAACCCUAUUCAACGGGAAUGUGGCCACGUCAACAAGCAAGGGCUGACCUUCGCCAUAUCGGGGUAUGAGGACCUGGCCCAGGAGGCCGAGCUGCCAUGGGUGGUGGCUCUGCUGGAUGCGGCAAGCCUGAAUUAUAAGGCAGCCGGUUCGCUUAUUGCCCCGGAUGUGGUGCUCACAGCCACCCAUGUAACCGGAAAGCUGAAAGAGAACCAACUUAUCGUGCGGGCUGGCGAAUGGGACUUCAAUACCAAUACAGAGGAGCAGAAACAUGUCGACGUUGCCAUCAGAAAGAUCGUGCGCCACCCCGAGUUUGUAUUCCAAAAUGGAGCCAACAAUGUGGCCCUUCUAUUCCUCGCCAAACCGCUUGAACUAACUCGGCACAUUAAUCUCAUCUGCCUGCCGCCGCCGAACCGGAACUUCAUCCGGAGUCGAUGCAUCGUCAGUGGCUGGGGUAAGAAAAACAUGCAGGACAACAUUUACAUGAACAUCCUGAAGAAGAUCGAGGUGCCGGUGGUGGACAGCCAAACGUGCGAGGAGCAACUGCAAGUACCAUAUUCCUCAAACUUUAGGCUUGAUAACAGCCUUCUGUGCGCCGGCGGAGAGAUCGGAAAGGAUGCGUGCAUGGGCGACGGAGGAGCUCCGCUAGUCUGUCCACUCCAGAGCGAUCCCCAGAGGUACGAGCAGGCCGGGAUCGUCAACUUCGGAUACGGAUGCGGAAACCCGAUCCCUGGAGUCUACACUGAUGUUUCCAAAAUGCGCGGUUGGAUUGACCAGCAGAUCCAGGCGAAUUCACCAGAUGAAGGCGGAAGAUAUGUGCCAAACGAAGACCAAAAAGUUCCAAAUGGAGGCCAAGGGAGUGUUUCCACUGGAGGCGAAGGAUAUGCUCCCACUGGAGGCGAAAGAUAUGUUCCAAAUGGAAGCCAAAGAAGUGUUCCCACUGGAUAUGAAGAAUAUGUUCCAAGUGGAGGCCAAGGAAGUUUUCCCAAUGGAGGCCAAGGAAGUGUUCCCAAUGGAGGCCAAGGAAGUGUUCCCACUGGAUACGAAAAAUAUGUUCCAUAUGGUGACCAAGGAAGUGUUCCCAAUGGAGGUCAAGGAAGUGUUCUCACUGGAUACGAAAAAUAUGUUCCAAAUGGAGGCCACGGAAAUGUUCCCAAUGGAGAUAAUAGAUAUGUUCGAAAUGGAAACCAAGGAAGUGUUCCCAAUGGAGAUAAUAUAUAUGUUCAAAAUGGAAACCAAGGAUAUGUUAUCCCUGGAGCAGAAAUGUAUACGUCAAAUGGACGUCAAGGAAAUGUUCCCAUUAGCGCCGAAGGAUAUGUUCCAAAUGAAGGAAGUGUUCCCGCUAGAGGCAAAAUAUAUUUUCCAAAUAGAGGCCAACGAAAUGAUCCCGAUGAAGAUGCAACAUAUGUUCCAAAUGCAGACCAAGAAAUUCCCGUCCGUGCACAAGGUAUGCAUUUUUCAAAUGGAGGUCAAGGACAGUUCGCGGAUACGUCGGCAUCAGAGACGAAUUUACCUGUGUCCAUGAUUUUGAUAAGAGCUUAAUAUAUAUUUUUGAAACUAACAAUAAACGUGUUUAAAUAAUUA